AUGUAUAUACAGUGGAGUUUAGAGGAUCCUUACCAGAAUGCACAAGCAAUGUUUGGAAGUCAUCAGCAGGAUUUACCAAGAACAAAAUGGAUGCCUGGAAAUGAACAACAAAGUGAACUGACUGUUCAUUUGAUGACCCAUAAACCUGCUGAUAGCUAUAAACAACAUAGCAAGGAAAAUCAGAAAUUACCAAUAGAUUCACCAAUUAAGGACAAUAAUAUAUUGAAUAAAAAUAUAUGCUCAAUAGAACGUAAAGAAGAUUCUGAAGAAAAUAAAUUUAUUAAUUCAAGAAAUAAUGAUGUGAACAUUAAAAAUGAGACAGAAAAGAUUUCAACAUCUUUUAUGAACAAUUUAAAUAGUUAUGUUCCUUCUGAAAGUAUGAAGCAAUGUAAGAAUAGUACAAUAUCUAAAUUACAGACAUUACAGUCAACAUUGGAUAAAUUGACUGAAACAUUGCCUAAAGCUAUGGAUUUGGUGAAGUCUCAGCAAAAUAGUAUUUGCAAAGUAAAACAUAAGCUCCUGAGUCAUCAAAAGCAGAUGAAAUCACUUCCGUCUUUACAAGAUCAAAUAAAACAUAUGGAUAAAAUCAUAUGUAAUAAUGUAGAGAAGAUUGUUUCCAAACAAAUAGAUUUUGAAAUAAAUAAUCUAGAUUCAUUUGUUGUGGAAAAUAUUGAAGAUGAAGAAUGGAUUGAUAAACAAACAACCACUCUAUCAGAAAUAGUUAAUACAUCAGUAGGACACAAAAUUGAAAAAAGUGUGAAAAAUGAAAUAAAAACUAGUAUACUUCCAUAUAUUUCAAAUUUUCUUGAAACACUUCAACAUCAACUUCAACAAGAUCUGAAUCAGAAAUUGACAACUACCGAAUACAGUGUCAAAGAAAGUAUUGGAAAAUUAAUUCGAAAUAAGGGAUUUUCUGAAAAUAUUGGCUAUUGUAUGGUUUCUGCUAUUGAACCACAACUUCAUGAUGCAUGUUUAGAAGUCAGCAAAAAUAUGAUAACUCCAUCAUUAGAAAAAGCAUGCCAAAAUUUAUUUCAACAACUUAAUGAUAAUUUCAACAAAGGCAUUCAUGAAUAUUUACAUCAAGUGGAUGUGUAUUUAAAUAAACAGUCACAGCAAGCAUGUAAUAAAAAUGACAAAACUCUCACACAAACUUUAGAACAAGCAAGUGAAAUAAAACUGUUUACUGAACAGUUACUUGAGUCGUGUGUUGUUGAAGUGAAAAAACAGACAGAUAAACAUCUUCAAGAAAUGCUAGCAAAACAGCAAGAAACUAUGUUAACGAAAGUGCAGGUGAUGGUUAGAGAAGAAAUUGAUUCUAAUUUAAAAGAGCAGUCAGUAUUAGAAGGUGACCUAUCGUCAUUACGCCAGUGUAAUACGACUCCUUUUCCUCCAAUGAUGGACUUACAAAUGCAACAGCAACAAAUACUUCAAGCAAUUAAACAGGGACAGCUGAGCGUUGCCUUUCAACAGGCAUUAUCAGCAGCUAAUUUAAAUCUAGUAUUGUUCACGUGUAGAGCAGUAGAUCCAAGUAUAGUUUUUGGCCAAUAUCCUUGUCCUUUACAGCAGCACGUUCUUCUAUCAUUAAUUCAACAAUUAGUAGCAGAUUUAUCUACACACAUCGAUUUAAAAUUGAGAUACGUAGAAGAAGCGGUAAUGCAAUUAGACAUGAAUAAUCACGUGACUAGAGAACACGGAAAGGCAGUAUUGAGAUCCCUUCAACAGAAAUUAAUGGCAUUUCUACAAGCAAAUACAAAUCAUAAGUAUUAUGUAAAAGUGAAAAUGUUAUUACUUGCUACACAUUCCUUGUGUAACAAAUAGUUAGUUCUUAAGUAUUUUUGUACUAUUUUCUUUGAACAUAAAAGUUUUUAUUCAACACUGAGUAUAUGUACUUGACUAUGUCUACGUUCUUUUAUUUUCGUUGUUAAAAUUAAGACAAAAAAAAAAGUCAAAGUAAAAAAGAUGUAACUG